GGAGGGAAAGAGGGAGGAGAGAGCGCGGCGGAGAGCCGGAGGGAGAAAGGGGAGGAGAAGGAGGAAAACCCCUGUCAAGGAGGUGGAGCGUGGAGAUGGUGUCCGCCUCCCGUUCCUCCCUACAGUUUUUGUAGAGGAGCCUGAGCCGGGACAAAACACGCCGAGACCGACAGCCACAAAGCCGGGGGCGGGGGGGUCCACGCUGGCGCUGGAGGCGAGCCCCAGCGGCCGCGAGCGAGCCCGAGGCGCUGCGGGGCGCGGGACGCGGGGACGCUAGCGGGCCGGGCGCGGGAAGCGCCGCCGAGCCGGGGACGGGCACCUCGGCCGCUCGGGCCGCGGCGGCAGGGACCAUGCCGAGGAAAGUCUCCUGAGCCCGGCAACUUCGGCCCCCUCCCCGCCCCCCACCCGGGCUGCCCUCGGCGCGGCCCUGCCCAUGUGCAGCCGGCCGGCAGGGCUCUCCUCCUCGGAUGGGCAGGCGGAUGGGUGACCUCUUCCUGGCACGGGCAGGCUGUGCGCGGCGGCGGAGCCGGCGAUGAAGAAGAAGCAGCAGCAGCAGCAGCAGCAUCCCGGCGGCGGCGCGGAUCCCUGGCCCCAUGGGGCCCCUCUGGGGGGCGCCCCUCCGGGCCUGGGCAGCUGGAAGCGCCGGGUCUCCCUGCUGCCCUUUCUGCGCUUCUCCCUCCGGGACUACGGUUUCUGCAUGGCCACCCUGCUGGUCUUCUGCCUGGGCUCCCUCUUCUAUCAGCUCGGCGGGGGACCCCCGCGCUUCCUGCUCGACCUGCGGCAGUAUUUGGGAAAUUCCACCUACUUGGAUGACCAUGGACCACCUCCUAGUAAGGUGCUGCCUUUCCCGAGCCAGGUGGUGUACAACAGAGUGGGCAAGUGUGGGAGUCGGACCGUCGUCCUGCUUCUGAGAAUCUUGUCAGAGAAGCACGGAUUCAAUUUGGUCACGUCAGACAUUCACAACAAAACCAGGCUUACUAAGAAUGAACAAAUGGAACUGAUUAAAAAUAUAAGUACUGCCGAACAGCCCUAUUUAUUCACCCGACAUGUUCAUUUCCUCAACUUCUCAAGGUUUGGAGGAGACCAGCCUGUCUACAUCAACAUCAUCAGAGAUCCCGUCAACCGGUUUUUAUCUAACUAUUUUUUCCGUCGGUUUGGAGACUGGCGAGGAGAACAGAAUCACAUGAUUCGCACCCCCAGCAUGAGGCAGGAGGAGCGCUACCUGGACAUCAAUGAGUGUAUUCUUGAAAACUACCCCGAGUGUUCCAACCCCAGGUUAUUUUACAUCAUUCCGUAUUUCUGUGGACAGCACCCCAGAUGCAGGGAGCCUGGUGAAUGGGCCCUUGAAAGAGCAAAACUGAACGUGAAUGAAAACUUCCUGCUUGUGGGGAUUCUCGAAGAGUUGGAAGACGUGCUGCUUUUACUGGAAAGAUUUUUACCUCAUUACUUCAAGGGUGUGCUCAGUAUCUACAAAGACCCAGAGAAAGGUGAGGGAAAGCAGGACAUUUUAAAACUGAACCGGGGACUCCUAGUUUCUCUUCAUGAGAACCCUCAGCCUCCACAGAAACUCACAAGACAUCUUAAUGAAGAAACUCGGGACCUUAGACUCUGAGCUGUGAGGGCUGCGAGCAGGGCAGCCAGGAGGUUACCUCAGCUCGGACCAAGUAAAUAAAUCAUUUGGUAAAAGCCAUUAAAGGGAAAGGUUACUGGAAAGUCAUAAAUGAACCAGCCUGUCUAUGGCUGGUUUUGCUAGAAAUCAUUUGAAAUUUUUAAAAUGUUUCUCUGGGUAUGAUUUAAGACGAGGACCAUGACAUAACUAACCAGUUUCUAUUAUUAUAUCAAAAUAAGGUAAAAAAUAAAUAUAGUAUGGAUUCAAUUCAUUUAUUCAAUUUUAUGCCAUUAGGUUGUUGUUUUUAGAACAUCGUGAAACUUCAUUUCAUGCCCCAAGAAAACUAAAAUGUAAUGGGUUACAGCUUUUCCGUUUGUUGAUUUUUCUCCUUCAAACAUCUUUGAUUUUCCAUCCUUUGAAUAGAUAUUUUUUCCAUGUCUUACAUGUCAUUCAAAUUAUUCUUUUUUCCUGUCUCCCACUUCACCUGUCUCUCAGACAGUUUCUAAAGUGAACCAGGACUGACAGAACUUAAUGAUACCUAUGAACACUUUCUAGAAACAUUAGCAUCCCUUUCUUGGCUGCUUCUAAUGCACCAGCAUGGGCUCUCCAGCAUCGUGUGCACGUCUGCUCUAUCGUGUCCGACUCUUUGCAACCCCAUGGACUGUAGCCCGCUAGGUUCCUCUGCCCAUGGAAUUUUCCAGGCAAGAAUACUGGAGUGGGUUGUCAUUUCCUCCUCUAGGGGAUCUUCCCAACCCAGGGAUCGAACCUGUGUCUCUUACAUCUCCUGCAUUGGCAGGCGGGUUCUUUACCAGCUGAGUUACUGGGAUUCUUUUUAGUUCUCCCCUUGCCUCCCGUCUUACCAAAGAGGAAAUCGGGAGCUCAACAACACAAUUUCAGGCUCAUGUCACAUCCAAACCGGCAGCUUGUCCUCUCUCUCCCUUCCACUGAACAUCACAGGUUUCUGCAGCUUCUCACAGCCAUUAGCCAGGGAAGUUUGUGUCCCCACUGACCAUCUUUGUUUAUAAGCCACUAACUGUCAACGCCUGUUAUUGUUCCUCUUCUCCUCUUCAUAUGUCAGAAGAAUGAAAGAACUUAAUUUUUCUCAUCAGAAGACGUUUACAUUUCUAUUCUACCUCAAUAGAUAUACUUCUCCCCCACUAUCUGUUUCUAAUAGCAGCUUCUGCCCAAAAGCAAUUAAUCAUUUAAAUAUCUUCUCUUGGAAACUUGCAGCGAAUGUAGCCCACCAUCUUUCAAAUCGACUCAUUGGAAAAGAGCCUGAUGCUGGGAAAGAUUGAAGGCAAAAGGAGAAGCGGGUGGCAGAGGAUGAGAUGGUUAGAUAGCAUCACCAACACAAUGGGCAUAAAUUUGAGCAAACUCUGGUAGAUGAUGGAGGACAGAGGAGUCUGGCAUGCUGCAGCCCAUGAGGUCGCAAAGAGUUAGACACGACUUAGCGACUGAGAAACAACAAUCAUCUUUCAUAGGCAAGUUCUAGUUACAAAGACAAGUUUCUAUCACAAUCAAACCUUUCAAAAAGAUA